CAGAUGAUAUAUAUAUAAAUGGGAGGAAGCAAGAUGAGAGUGUUCCAGUCCUUUGCCGUUGCUACAUUGUUCUACUGCUUCUAGCCCAUUUCAUCUUCUUUACAGUGAGUGUGUGUGUGUGUGUCUUUUCUUUAAACCUUUGUGUAGCGGUGGUGGAAAUUUUAUCAAGUUUUCUGCUGAAACGCCAGAAGGAAAAAAAAAAAAAAAAGAAGAAGAAGAAAGAACAGUUAAUUCUUUCUUCGGGUCUUUGAUUCCAGGAGGAGGACUCGACAAAGCCAGCAUCUUUUUUUGCACUCUUUUGAUAAUAUCUUUAGCUGCAGUCACUGUCUCGCCUUUCGGCUAUUUUUGGUGAAGUUUUUCUGCAUCCAUUGUCAGAAUUUGGAUCUCAAGCUGCUCAAAAUCAUCACUUCGAAGGGGUGUAAAUACACUCUAAGGUUCCUGCAAAUCAUCUUUCUCUUUGGCUGGACAGCAGUUUUUGAUAAUUAACAAAGUGCGAUGACUGUAGGAAACCUAAAGCUUGGGGUGGAUAUUGUAAGUGCUCAUAACCUUUUGCCCAAAGAUGGGCAGGGUUCAUCUAGUGCUUUUGUGGAGCUUUAUUUUGAUGGUCAGAGGUACCGCUCCACAAUCAAAGAGAAGGAUCUUAAUCCCGUGUGGAAUGAGACCUUUUACUUCAACAUAUCCGAUCCUUCAAUCCUUCACUGUCUAACUCUUGAUGCUUACAUCUAUAAUCAUGUCAAAGCAACUCAAUCUAGAGCUUUCCUCGGAAAAGUUAGCAUCAAUGGAACUUCCUUCGUACCCUACCCGGAUGCAGUCGUCCUGCACUAUCCUUUGGAGAAGCGUGGUAUUUUCUCGCGUGUUCGGGGAGAACUUGGCCUCAAGGUUUAUAUCACAGAUGAUCCAUCUAUAAAGUCAUCAACCCCUGUUUCUGCAGCCGAGGAAUCUCAAAUGCCCUCGGAGUCAGUUCAAAAACCAAUCUCAAACUCAGCUCAUAAAACAGAGACUAGGCAUACAUUCUACACUCUCCCAAAACGUAAUUCUGAACAGCAUAAUCACCCUCCAGAAGUUGAAGUACCUCAUCAUUCGACUAAAUAUGUGGCCGACGAGAUGAAGGCUCCUGAACCAAUACCUCCAAAGCUUGUCCGGAUGCACUCGACAUCAUCAGCACAACCAGUUGAUUAUGCACUUAAGGAGACUAGUCCUUUCCUUGGUGGGGGACGGGUUGUUGGUGGACGUGUUAUACGAACUGACAGGGCAGGUGCAGGCACCUAUGAUCUUGUUGAGAAAAUGCACUUCCUGUUUGUUAGAGUUGUCAAGGCUCGUGAACUCCCUGCCAUGGAUGUCACUGGGAGUCUAGAUCCUUAUGUAGAGGUGAGAAUUGGAAACUAUAAAGGAGUUACAAAGCACAUCGAGAAGAACCAGCAUCCAGUGUGGAAUGUAGUUUUUGCCUUCUCAAGAGAGCGGAUGCAAGCAUCUAUACUAGAAGUCGUUGUUAAGGACAAAGAUCUUGUGAAAGAUGAUUAUGUUGGUUUUGUCAGAUUUGACCUCAAUGAGGUUCCAAUGCGUGUUCCACCUGAUAGCCCCCUGGCCCCAGAAUGGUACCGUCUCGAAGAUAAGAAGGGCGAGAAGAUAAAGGGUGAGCUGAUGCUUGCAGUCUGGAUUGGCACUCAAGCAGAUGAGGCUUUUCCUGAUGCAUGGCACUCUGAUGCAGCUACACCUAUUGACAGCUCAGCAGCUGCUUCUGCUCUUAUACGCUCUAAAGUUUAUCAUGCACCACGUUUAUGGUACGUCCGUUGUAAUGUUGUUGAAGCCCAGGACUUAAUUCCAUCAGAGAAGACUCGGUUCCCUGAUGCUUAUGUGAAGGCACAAAUAGGAAACCAAGUCAUGAGGACAAAACCAAUUCAGUCUCGGAACUUUAACCCUGUGUGGAAUGAGGAUUUGUUUUUUGUUGCUGCCGAACCUUUUGAAGACCAUCUCAUUCUUACAGUUGAGGAUCGAGUGGCUCCUGGAAAAGAUGAAAUAAUCGGGAGGGUUAUUAUUCCACUAAACAUGGUAGAAAGGCGUGCUGAUGAUCGCAUAAUUCAUUCUCGUUGGUUUAACUUGGAAAAGCCAGUUGCUGUAGAUGUUGAUCAAUUAAAGAAAGAUAAAUUCUCUAGCAGGCUUCACCUACGAGUCUGCUUAGACGGAGGCUACCAUGUUCUAGACGAAUCAACUCAUUAUAGCAGUGACCUCCGCCCCACAGCAAAACAGCUUUGGAAACCACCAAUUGGUAUUUUGGAACUUGGCAUCUUAAAUGCUGUGGGACUUCACCCCAUGAAAACACGUGAUGGAAAGGGCACAUCAGAUACAUAUUGUGUGGCUAAAUAUGGUCACAAAUGGGUCCGAACUCGUACAAUUGUAGACAAUUUGUUCCCCAAGUACAAUGAGCAGUACACAUGGGAGGUCUUUGAUCCUGCAACCGUACUCACAGUUGGUGUUUUUGACAACAGCCAACUAGGUGACAAGGGAGCAAAUGGGAACAAGGACCUAAAGAUUGGCAAGGUACGGAUUCGAAUAUCUACACUUGAAACAGGCCGAGUCUACACACAUUCUUAUCCACUGCUGGUUCUCCAUCCUACUGGUGUUAAGAAGAUGGGGGAAGUUCAUUUGGCACUGCGAUUUUCAUGCACUUCUUUUGCUAACAUGCUCUAUGUAUACUCACGACCUCUGUUGCCAAAGAUGCACUACAUUAGGCCUUUUACUGUGAUGCAAUUGGACAUGCUAAGGCAUCAGGCCGUCAACAUAGUGGCCACAAGGCUGGGCCGGGCAGAACCCCCUCUUAGGAAGGAGGUUGUGGAAUAUAUGUCCGACGUGGACUCGCACCUUUGGAGCAUGCGCAGAAGCAAGGCCAACUUUUUCCGCCUGAUGUCAGUUUUCACUGGAUUGUUUGCUGUUGGGAAAUGGUUUGGAGAUAUCUGCAUGUGGAAAAACCCCGUCACUACAGUGCUCGUGCAUGUGUUGUACCUUAUGCUUGUUUCCUUCCCAGAACUGAUUCUACCAACAAUUUUCCUUUACAUGUUUCUGAUAGGAGUCUGGAAUUUCCGAUACCGACCAAGGUAUCCUCCUCACAUGAACACAAAGAUCUCACAGGCAGAGGCAGUACAUCCUGAUGAACUCGACGAAGAAUUUGACACAUUCCCGACAAGCCGUAAUCCAGAUUUGGUUAGAAUGAGGUAUGAUCGGCUGAGGAGCGUGGCAGGUCGAAUCCAGACUGUUGUGGGCGAUAUUGCAACCCAAGGUGAACGUGUCCAUUCGCUGUUAAGCUGGAGAGAUCCGCGUGCCACUGCCAUUUUCGUGACUUUCUGCCUCGUUGCAGCUCUAGUGUUGUAUGUCACACCAUUCCAGGUAAUCGCUGCUUUGGCUGGUAUAUUCAUGAUGAGGCAUCCAAGAUUCCGCUAUCGUGUGCCAUCAGUGCCUGUCAACUUCUUCCGCCGUCUUCCUGCUAGGACAGACAGUAUGUUGUAGAAUAACUGCUAAAAAUGCUUGAUGUAGUGCUCCCCCGACAUGCAGGAUCGACGUGUUAGAGAACAUAAUUCUAGUGGUUGUGUGUUUCUAAUUCUAUUUUCAUGUAUCAGUUUGUUAUCUUUAAAUGUUUCUAGAACUUAUAUAUAAUAAUACCUGUUUGCAUAGUAACCUUACCUUCAA